GACCACUUCACACCAGUGGGUGGCUUCAUUGACAAGAGUCUGGUGAAGGAUCCACAAAACCUGGAGCUUUACUGCCAGGUCAACGGCGUGGAGAGGCAGCGAGGCAACACCAAGGACAUGGUCUUCAACAUUCCAAGCCUCAUCUCCCACAUUAGCGCCAUCUUUACCCUGGAAUGUGGGGAUGUCAUUCUGACUGGAACACCUGACGGAGUGGGACCGAUUGAG